AUAUUUAUUUUGGUGUAGUAAGGGAAUCAUUCCGAGCUGCGGUUAUUGCAGCCUACAACUAUUCAUUUCCCUUUCCCCCUCUCCAUCUUCGCAGCUUCACCAUCUCGCUCUCGAUUUCUUAGAGAGAAAAACCCUGAUCUCUCAGAAUGUCAAAACCAGACGAAGAAUCGGAACUGCCAAACGGAGGAGGCGGACCGGAGCCGGAGCCGGAGCCGGAGCCGGAGCCAGUUUCUUCCAAUGCAGAUCCCAAGCUCGACGACGGUGACUCCGACACCAAAACGAUCCAACCAAACGAACCUCAAACCUCCUCGCACGCGGAAAAAACGGCAACUCCCGAGCUUCGUAGCGAUGAAGUCAACCGGUCGUUCACCAUGCGGGAAUUGCUGAACGAGUUGAAGGAAGGUGAAGGAGGCAAGGCUUCCGAUGGCGAGUUUCGCCAGAGUGAGGACGGUUCAGCGAUCGAGAGACGAGGAUCGAGCUCCCCGUACAGUAAAGAAAGCACACAACAACAGCAACAACAUAAAGACCAGAAAAAUGUUGCCAUGGACUUGAUCAAUAGGGUUGCAGGUGUUGACGAGGAGGGUCGGUCUCGCCAACGGAUUCUAACUUUUGCUGCUGGGAGGUAUGCUAGUGCAAUAGAGAGGAACCCAGAGGAUUAUGAUGCACUUUAUAACUGGGCAUUGGUUCUUCAGGAAAGUGCUGAUAAUGUUGAUCCCGAUUCUAGUUCAUCUUCUAAAGAUGCUUUGCUGGAGGAGGCGUGUAAAAAAUAUGAUGAGGCCACCCGUCAUUGCCCUACACUUCAUGAUGCUUUCUAUAAUUGGGCUAUAGCAAUCUCUGAUCGGGCAAAAAUGCGUGGUCGCACUAAGGAAGCUGAAGAACUAUGGAAGCAGGCAACAAAAAACUAUGAAAGAGCUGUUCAACUCAAUUGGAAUAGUCCCCAGGCACUUAACAACUGGGGUCUUGCUCUUCAGGAACUCAGUGCUAUUGUACAGACACGGGAAAAGGAAGCAAUUGUAAGAUCAGCAAUCAGUAAGUUCCGUGCAGCAAUACGGUUACAAUUUGAUUUCCACAGGGCAAUUUACAACCUUGGCACUGUUCUGUAUGGAUUAGCAGAGGACACUUUGAGAACUGGGGGAUCAGCUAGUAUUAAAGAUCCUAAUGAGCUGUAUAGCCAAUCUGCUAUCUAUAUUGCUGCUGCUCAUGCAUUGAAGCCAAAUUAUUCAGUUUACCAUAGUGCAUUAAAACUCGUACGCUCCAUGCUACCUUUACCCUAUCUUAAGGUAGGAUAUCUAACUGCACCACCUGCUACAGAUCCAGUUGCACCUCAUAGUGAUUGGAAACGGUCACAGUUUGUUUUGAAUCAUGAAGGGCUUCAGCAGCUUAACAAAAUUGAGAAAAAACUGAUGCUGCAAAACCAAUAUAGCAAGUCUGGGGAGGCAGCAAGUACUGAUAGAAUGGCUAUUAAAGUCGACAUUCCGGACAUUGUUUCUGUAUCAGCAUGUGCGGAUUUGACUUUGCCUGCUGGUGCGGGCCUCUGCAUUGAUACAAUUCAUGGUCCCAUCUUCCUGAUUGCUGAUUCAUGGGAAUCCCUGGAUGGGUGGCUUGAUGCAAUUCGUCUGGUUUACACAAUUUUUGCACGGGGCAAAAGUGAUGUCUUGGCAGAACCUUUGCGGGAUCGAGCUUAGAGAGCUCGGGGCUGGUUUAACAUUUUUGAAAGAAAAGAGAGGGUAUAAACUUUGGUUAUAAUUUUUGGGGUUGUAAUAUAUAUUUAUGUUUUCUGAGUUGUGAAUGGUUGUGAAUACUGGAUGUUGGGUUAUAUUUUUGAGGUUGUAUAGAUGUAGAAACUCUAGUAUAUUAUUGAUGAGUUAUUAUU